AUGGAGCUCUUUUGGAGUAUAGUCUUUCCUGUCCUCCUGAGCUGCUCCUGCCGGGGGUCAGACUGGGAAUCUGAUGGCAAUUUCAUUUCAGCUGCAGGGCCUCUAACCACUGGCCUACUGCUCAGCCUGCAGUACCCACAGGGAAACCAGACUCCUGAUUUUGCAGCAGGGGGCAAAGACCUUUAUGUUUGUUCCCAGCCACUGCCCGCUUUCCUGCCGGAGUAUUUCAGCAGUCUCCGUGCCAGUGAGAUCACCCACUAUAAAGUGUUUCUGUCGUGGGCACAGCUUCUCCCAGCAGGACGCUCCGGAGACCCAGAUGGGAACGCAGUGCGGUGCUACCGGCAGCUCCUCGAGGCCCUCAGGGCUGCGCAGCUCCAGCCCAUGGUCGUCCUGCACCACCAGCCCCUCCGUGCCAGCAGCGCCCUGAGGAGCACCGUCUUCGCCGACCUCUUCGCUGAGUACGCCACCUUCGCCUUCCAGGCCUUCGGGGACCUCGUGGGGGUCUGGCUCACCUUUAGUGACUUGGAGGCAGCCCUAAGGGAGCUCCCUCAGCAGGAGUCAAGAGCUUCGCGUCUGCAGCUCCUCACUGAGGCCCACAGAAGAGCCUAUGAGAUUUACCACCAAAAAUACGCUGCUCAUGGAGGAAAGGUCUCCGUGGUCCUCCAGGCUGAAGAGAUCUCGGAGCUGCUGCUAGAACCAUCCACGUCUGCACUUGCCAAGGACUCGAUUGAUUUCCUCUCUCUUGAUUUGUCUUAUGAAUGCCAAAGUGAGACGAGUCUACCAGAGAAGCUGAGCAAAUUGCAGACCAUUGAGCCAAAAGUGAAAGUUUUCAUCUUCACUCUGAGACUCCAGGACUGCCCCUCCAGCAGAAAGAACCCAGCCAGCCUGCUCUUCAGCUUUAUUGAAGCCAUAAAUAAAGACCAAGUGCUCACCCUUGGGUUUGAUGUUAAUGCAUUUCUGAGCUGUUCAUCAACUUCCAAGAAAAGCAUAUCUUGCUUUCUGACUGACAGCCUGGCCCUUCAGACAGACCACGAGAGAGCUGCCAGCGACUCAGCCCCUGCGUCGGCCUACCAGAGAGUCUGGGAAAUGUUUGCUCACCAGCCCAGGGCAGAAAGGGAUGCAUUCCUGCAGGAUACUUUUCCCCAAGGCUUCCUGUGGGGCGUCUCCACGGGAGCCUUUAAUGUGGAAGGAGGCUGGGCUGAGGGCGGAAGAGGACCCAGUGUCUGGGAUCAAUUUGGGCAUCUAAAAGCUGCCCAGGGCCAGGCGACGCCGGAGGUGGCCAGUGACAGCUACUACAAGUGGGCCUCUGACGUGGCCCUGCUUCGCGGCCUCAGGGCUCAGGUGUACAAGUUCUCCAUCUCCUGGUCCCGGAUCUUCCCCAUGGGGCGCGGGAGCAGCCCUAGCCCCCAGGGCGUCGCCUACUAUAACAAGCUGAUCGACAGCCUGCUGGACUCCCACAUUGAGCCCAUGGCCACGCUCUUCCACUGGGACCUGCCUCAGGCCCUACAGGAUGAGGGAGGGUGGCAGAAUGAGAGCGUGGUGGAUGCCUUUGUGGACUACGCAGCCUUCUGCUUCUCUGCGUUCGGGAACCGUGUGAAGCUGUGGGUGACCUUCCACGAGCCAUGGGUGAUGAGCUACGCGGGUUAUGGCACCGGCCACCAUGCACCAGGCAUCUCAGACCCAGGGAUCGCCUCAUUUCAGGUGGCUCACUUGGUCCUGAAGGCCCACGCCAGGACUUGGCACCACUACAACAGCCACCAUCGCCCACAGCAGCAGGGCCGUGUGGGCAUUGUGCUGAACUCAGACUGGGCAGAACCCCUGUCUCCAGAGCGUCCUGAGGACCUUGCAGCCUCUGAGCGCUUCUUGCACUUCAUGCUGGGCUGGUUUGCACACCCCAUCUUUGUGGAUGGGGACUACCCAGCCACCAUGAAGGCUCAGCUCCAGCAAAUGGGUAAACAGUGCCCUAGUCCUGUCGCACAGCUCCCGGAGUUCACUGACACAGAGAAGCAGCUCUUAAAAGGCUCUGCUGAUUUUCUGGGUUUGUCUCAUUACACGUCGCGCCUCAUCAGCAAGGCGCCAGAAGACAGCUGCAUCCCCAGCUAUGAUACCAUCGGAGGCUUCUCCCAACACACGGACCCUGCAUGGCCCCAGACUUCGUCUCCUUGGAUUCGCGUGGUGCCCUGGGGUAUAAGGAGACUGUUGCAGUUUGUAUCCUUGGAAUACACCAAAGGAAAAGUUCCAAUCUACCUGGCUGGGAAUGGCAUGCCCAUAGGGGAGAGUGAAAAUCUCCUCAGUGAUUCCUUGAGAGUAGACUACUUCAAUCAGUACAUCAAUGAGGUGCUCAAGGCUAUCAAGGAGGACUCAGUGGAUGUUCGUUCUUACAUUGCUCGUUCCCUCAUUGAUGGCUUUGAAGGCCCCGCCGGCUACAGCCAGAGAUUCGGGCUAUACCAUGUCAAUUUCAACGAGAGCAGCAAGCCCAGAACUCCCAGGAAAUCUGCCUUCCUUCUCACCAGCAUCAUUGAAAAGAAUGGUUUCCUCACCAAGGCAGUACAGCCACCACUGCCACGUAACACAGCACACUUGCCUUCCAAACCCAGAGCCUCGUCCCUCCCAUCAGAGGUGCCCUCCAAGGCUAAAGUGGUUUGGGAGAAGUUCUCCAGCCAGACCAAGUUUGAAAGAGACUUGUUCUAUCACGGUACCUUCCGGGAUGACUUCCUGUGGGGUGUGUCCUCUUCAGCGUAUCAGAUUGAAGGAGCAUGGGAUGCUGAUGGCAAAGGGCCCAGCAUUUGGGAUAACUUUACUCACACCCCAGGGAACGGUGUGACGGACAACUCCACAGGAGACAUCGCCUGCGACAGCUACAACCAACUGGAUGCUGAUCUGAAUGUGCUUCGAGCUUUGAAGGUGAAAGCCUAUCGGUUCUCUCUCUCCUGGUCUCGCAUUUUCCCAACCGGGACAAACAGUUCUAUCAAUAGUCAUGGUGUUGAUUAUUACAACAGGCUGAUCGAUGGCUUGCUGGCAAGCAGUAUCUUUCCCAUGGUGACACUGUUUCACUGGGACCUGCCCCAGGCCCUCCAGGAUAUAGGAGGCUGGGAGAAUCCUUCCUUGAUUGAUCUGUUUGACAGCUAUGCAGACUAUUGUUUCCGGACGUUUGGGGACAGAGUCAAGUUCUGGAUCACCUUUAAUGAGCCCACGUACUAUUCAUGGUGGAGUUACGGCUCCGGGACCUUUCCCCCAAAUGUGAAUGACCCAGGCUGGGCACCUUAUAGGAUCAGCCAUGCCCUCAUCAAAGCUCAUGCCCGAGUCUAUCACACGUAUGAUGAGAAAUACAGGCAGAAUCAGAACGGGGUCAUCUCAUUGAGUCUUGUUGCAGAAUGGGCAGAACCCAAGUCACCGGAUGUCCUAAGAGACGUGGAAGCAGCUGACCGAAAGAUGCAGUUCACCCUGGGCUGGUAUGCCCACCCCAUUUUUAAAACUGGAGACUAUCCCGAUGCCAUGAAGUGGAAAGUGGGCAACAGGAGUGAACUCCAACACUUAGCCACCUCCCGCCUGCCAAGCUUCACUGAGGAAGAGAAGAGCUACAUUAGGGGUACGGCUGACGUCUUCUGCCUCAACUCCUAUUCCUCCAAAAUUGUACAGCAUAAGACACCCGCGCUCAACCCACCCUCCUACGAAGAUGACCAGGAAUUGGCUGAGGAGGAGGACACAUCAUGGCCUACCACGGCAAUGAACAGAGCUGCGUCCUUUGGAAUACGGAGACUCCUGAAUUGGAUCAAGGAAGAAUAUGGAGACAUCCCCAUUUACAUCACAGAAAACGGGGUAGGCCUGAGAGAUUCAAAACUGGAGGAUAUUGACAGGAUAUUUUACUACAAAACCUACAUCAAUGAAGCUUUGAAAGCCUACAGGCUUGAUGGUGUCAACCUUCGAGGGUAUUCUGCUUGGUCUCUGAUGGACAACUUUGAGUGGCUUCUAGGCUACACAGUCAAGUUUGGACUGUAUCAUGUUGACUUUGAGAAUGCGAACAGGCCUCGCACAGCAAGAAUCUCAGCCGGUUACUACACAGAACUCAUUACCAACAACGGCAUGCCACUGCCCAGUGAGGAUGAGUUUGUGUAUGGACAGUUUCCUGAGGGCUUCUUCUGGAGUACAUCUACUGCUGCAUUUCAGAUCGAAGGUGCAUGGAGAGCAGAUGGCAAAGGCCUUGGAAUUUGGGACACGUUUACUCACACACGGCUGAGGAUUGAGAAUGAUGACAUCGCAGAUGUGGCCUGUGACAGUUACCACAAGAUCUCUGAGGACGUGGUCGCCCUGCAGAACCUGGCCGUAACCCACUACCGCUUUUCCAUCUCCUGGUCUCGCAUCCUCCCUGACGGAACCACCAACUACAUCAACGAAGCAGGCCUGAACUACUACGUGCGGCUCAUAGACGCACUUCUGGCCGCCAACAUCAAGCCCCAGGUGACCAUGUACCACUUCGACCUUCCUCAGGCGCUCCAGGAUGUUGGAGGCUGGGAGAAUGAGACCAUUGUGCAGCGGUUCAGGGAGUAUGCAAAUGUGCUGUUCCAGAGGCUGGGAGACAAGGUGAAGUUUUGGAUCACGCUGAAUGAACCCAUUGUUGUUGCCUACCAUGGUUAUGGCACUGGGCUGUAUGCCCCAGGGAUCUACUAUAGGCCUGGCACUGCUCCCUACAUUGUUGGCCACAACUUAAUAAAGGCUCACGCUGAGGCCUGGCAUUUGUACAAUGACGUGUACCGGGCCAGCCAAGGAGGUAUUAUUUCUAUCACCGUCAACAGUGACUGGGCUGAGCCCAGGGACCCCUCCAACCAAGAGGACGUGGAGGCAGCCAAGAGAUAUGUUCAGUUUAUGGGAGGCUGGUUUGCACACCCCAUUUUCAAGAACGGGGACUACAAUGAGGUGAUGAAGACGCGGAUCCGUGAGAGGAGCUUGGCCGCAGGUCUCAACGAGUCUCGGCUCCCAGAGUUCACAGAGAGUGAGAAGAGGAGGAUCAAUGGCACCUAUGACUUUUUUGGGUUCAAUCACUAUACCACUGUCUUGGCCUACAACUUCAACUAUCCCUCCAUCAUGUCCACUGUUGAUGCAGACAGGGGAGUUGCCUCCAUCGUAGAUCGCUCUUGGCCAGGUUCUGGCUCUUUCUGGCUGAAGAUGACACCUUUUGGCUUCAGGAGGAUCCUGAACUGGAUAAAGGAGGAGUACAACAACCCUCCGAUUUAUGUAACAGAGAACGGGGUGUCCCAUCGGGGAGACUCGUACCUCAAUGACACUACCAGGAUCUACUACCUCCGCAGUUACAUCAACGAGGCCCUCAAAGCUGUGCAGCAGGACAAGGUGGACCUUCGAGGAUACACAGUCUGGACUCUGAUGGACAACUUCGAGUGGUACACAGGCUACUCAGAUAAGUUUGGUCUGCAUUUUGUGAACUACAGUGACCCUUCUCUGCCAAGGAUCCCCAGAGAGUCAGCCAAGUUUUACGCCUCCAUAGUCCGGUGCAAUGGCUUCCCCAACCCUGCGGAGGGGCCUCACCCUUGUCUCCUCCAGCCAGAAGACACUGACCCCACCAAGAGCCCCGUGAGCCAGGAGGAAGUCCAGUUCCUGGGGCUGUCGCUCGGCUCGACGGAAGCAGAGACGGCUUUGUACGUGCUCUUUUCUCUCGUGCUGCUUGGAGUCUGUGGCUUGGCGUUUUUAUCAUACGCAUUGUGCAAGAGCUCCAAGCAAAGGAAAAAACAACUAAGCCAACAGGAAAUGAGCCCCGUUUCUUCAUUCUGACAAGUCACACAGGCCUACUUUCUCUGUUAUACCUGUGCCAGCCACCAAACUCCUCAGGUCUUGUAUUCUCUUGUUGAGAUGACUCGAAUCUUGAAGGAUUUUGGGUUCUGAUUAAACUGGAAAUGUUGUAUAUUGCCCUUGUACUGGGAGUACUGGAAAUGUGCAGAUACUGAACUGGUCUGGUGGUCUGUAAACCACCAAAUUGAAAUUAACCAGGGUGUUGUAAGUUUCAGAAUUUUUGAAGGUGGGAUCCUGAGUUGAAACCACAGAAAUCCUCUCAUAAGGAGGAAUCAGCUCCGCUGUGCAGACAGACUGCACGGUCAUUCAUCUCCUGCCCUCUCGUCAAUUCCCUGCUAGCCCCCUACUUGGCAUUCCCAGAAAAUAAAAAUACCAUGCACC